AUGAAGUUUCUUGAUACCUUAUCAAGAUCAUUUAAUAAUAAUAAAAACGAAGGUGCGGUUAAUUUAGAAGCACCAUCGCAAUUACCAGAAUAUAAUCAACAGGAAAAUGGUUCUUUAAGAAAGAAAUUUAUCAAUUCAUUAAAGGAUUCUUUUGGUACAAUUAGGAAUAGUUUGGAUAUUUCUUCAGUUCUUCAAGAUCAUAUCAAUGGCUAUAAUUCUGGUAUUCCAGAUCCUUUCGAAAGUAAUGAUAAUGAUUUUGGCAAUUUUCAAAAUAAUGAUCAUUUAUAUGAUAGAGUAAAAUUACAACAAAAAACAGAAUUAAUUCAAAAGUAUCUAUCAUUAACUAGUUCAAUUUCAUCAAAUGGACAAACUGUUCUCGUUGAUCAUAUGGAUUAUAGUGUUAUGGAAUCACCAAGUUUCUUUUCAAGAAAAGAAAAGGUUGAGAUUCUGUCAGAUCUCUCUUUCUACUUAAAACCAGGUAUGAUGGUUUUAUUAUUGGGUGACCCAAGUGCAGGUGUUUCAACAUUAUUCAAAUGCUUAACAAACAGAAUUCCAAGUCGUGGUCUUAUUGAAGGUGAUGUUUUAUUCAAUAAUCAACAUAUUGAUAGUGAUCACCAUCACAAAAAGUAUAUUUUUGUUCAACAAUCUGACAAUCAUAUUCCAACUCUUACUGUUAAAGAAACAUUAGAUUUCGCUAUUAAUUGCCAAUCAAAUUUAAAUAAUGAAAAUAAAAAAGAGUUGCGCGAUACAAUUUUACAAAUUUUAAAUUUAACUCAUGUUCAAGAUACAUUGAUCGGUAAUCAUGCAAUAAGAGGUAUUUCUGGGGGUCAAAAGAAGCGUAUGACAAUUGCAGUUGAAUUGGUUAAAGGUGCUUCGACAAUAUUUUUAGAUAAUUGUACUAGUGGUUUAGAUUCAACAAGUGCUUUCGAGUUAUUGCAUUCAAUUCAAAUGAUUUCUAAAAUUGCUAAUGUACCAGCAUUAAUAUCUUUAUUACAACCAUCACCAGAAAUAUUUUCAUUGUUUACUCAUGUUCUUAUGAUGAAGGAUGGCCAGUGUUUAUUCUUUGAAGAAAAAGAAAGGGUUUUUGAACAUUUCAGUCAAUUCAAUUUAGAAUGUAACGAUAAACAAAAUCCAGCAGAAUUUCUCUCAAGUAUAUACCAUUUAGCUCAGUUAAAUAAUGAUUGUCAAUUAAAAACAACUACUGAUUUUGUUAUUGCCUAUAAACAAUCGCAAUAUUAUAAAACUACUUUAGUUACAGUUAGUCAAGAAAAAUUAGUCAACAAUAAUAAUUUUAAUAAUAAUAAUGAAAUAUUGUUAUCAAAUCAAUUGGUUAUUGGUGAUGACAAUGAAAUUUACAAGUUAUCAUUGUUUUAUCAAAUAAUAUUAAAUUUAAAAAGAGUAUUUUUGAUGACAACUAGAGAUAGACCCGCCAUUGUUUCAAGAGUUGUUAAAGCUUCAUUAUUAGGAACUAUUAUUGGAACUCUUUUUCUUCAAUUGGAUUCAAGCCAAAAAUCAGCAAAUUUAAUACCAUCAUUAUCUUUUUUUCUUUUAACCUUUGUAGUUUUUGGUUCACUAGCGGGUGUUCAUCAACUUUUCACUGAAAGACCAACCUUUUACGAUCAAAUGAUGGGUAAAUACUAUAAUUGUAUUGCAUACUUCUUCUCUGGUUUAGUUUCAGAUUUAAUAUGGAAUAUGUUAGAUGUAGUUAUUUUUUCAUCAAUCUCCUAUUGGUUAAUUGGACUAAACCCAACCACAAAAAGAUUUUUAUUCUUUAUACUCCAAAUAUACUUGUUAGACUGUUUGGUUAAUCGUGUUUCAAAGAUGGUUUCGAUUUUUUCACCAACUGCAACAAUUGCUAGUACUCUCGCACCGUUAUACUUUAGUUUGUUUUUAUUAAUGGCUGGCUAUAUGAUCCCAAAAGGUGCAAUUGGUCCAUAUUGGAUAUGGAUGCAUUACAUAUCGCCAUUCAAGUGGGUUUAUGAAAGUAUUUUAAUCAACGAGGUUAUAGGUCAAAUAUAUACAUGCGAUCCAUUAGAACUUAUGCCACCAUCAUUCUACCCCUCAAUUAAUAUUAGCUACCCAAAUGGUUUUAGUGGUCACCAAGUUUGUCCAAUUACUACUGGAGAACAGAUUUUGAUUUCAAAAGACAUUAGAGCCGAUAGUGAGUAUAGGAAAUUUUCAAUCUAUAUUUUACUUGGAAUGUAUUCAUUAUUUUCAUUAAUUUCGAUUAUUGGUUUAUCAAAAGUUAGAUUUGAUAAUGUUGGUAGUAAUAAAAAGAUUAAUAAAAAAAAUAGUAAUAGCCAAAACAAUAAUAGAUCAAUUAAAUUAGUUACAUCUCCAUCUUCUUCCCCAUCACAAAAUCACAAUCAACAAAUAGCAAACAAUAAGAACGAUAGUACAAUGGAUAAGUGUUAUUUCACUUUCAAAAACCUAUCGUAUAAAGUAAUAAUUAAAAAGAGACAUGGUAUAAAGAUUAAUAGAACUCUUUUAGAUAAUAUUAGUGGGUUUGUUAAACCAGGUACUCUGGUAGCAUUAAUGGGAUCAAGUGGUGCUGGCAAAUCAACCCUUUUAGAUAUUUUGGCAAAUAGAAAGAGUACAGGUAUUAUCACUGGCGAAAUUUUAUUAAAUGGUAAACCAAGAGACCAAUGCUUCAAUCGUUAUGUUGCCUAUGUCGAACAGGAGGACCAACUUCCAGAUUUUCAAACUGUUAGAGAAGCAAUUACAUUUUCAGCACUAUUAAGACUACCUAGAGAAAUGAAAUACCACGAUAAAAUGAAUAAAGUAGAAUAUAUUUUAGAUGUUUUGGAACUCCGUUCAAUUGCUUCGUGUAUUAUUGGUAAGCAAGAUCAUGGUAUAACUCAAGAACAAAGAAAGAGAGUAAACAUCGGUGUAGAAUUAGCUAGUGAUCCAUUCGUUUUAUUCUUAGAUGAACCAACCACCAACCUUAAUGCUAAAAGUGCAGAGGUUAUAAUGAACAUAGUUAAAAAGAUCACUCUUAAUGGCAAAUCUGUUAUAUGCACAAUUCAUCAACCAUCCGAAAGCAUUUUUAAGAAGUUUGACUCAGUACUUUUAUUAACUCAAGGUGGUUUUAUGGCAUAUUUUGGUGAACUAGGUCCAAAUUGUAGAACUAUUUUAAAUUAUUGUUCAGAUUUAGGUUACCAGUGUAAAGAAAAUAAAAAUGUUGCAGAUUUCCUUUUAGACUUUUCAGCUUCAUUUGACUCAAAGAAAAGACUACAAGAACAUGAUAAAAUUAUUCCAUCAAUUAGAUCAAAAAUUAUUAGUUCAAAUAAUCAAGAUAUUGAAAAUAAUAAUAUUGAUAAUAAUAUUAAUAAUAAUAAUAAUUUUGACAAUGAUACCGAUAUUAUUGAUUGUUAUAAAAUUUCAGAAUUAAAUAGAAAUAACCUAGAAAUCAUCGAAAGCGGUUUACCAAUUGGUUUCAAAAGUAAAGUUUUUGUAGAUAAAAAUGCAACAUCGUUUUUAUUUCAGUUUUGGAUGUUACUAUGUAGAUUUUUUAUUUGCUCCUUUAGAAGAAAGAAUGUUAUUUUCACAAGAAUUGCAAGAUCAUUAUUACUAUCAAUGGUCACAGGUACACUCUAUCUUAACAUUGGUGAUGACCAAGCCGGAGUAAUUAAUCGUAUAAGCUUCAUAUUUUUCACAUCAACUUUUGCUUCAAUCUCUUGUCUAUCAAAUAUACCAGGUAUUUUUGAAGAUAGAUAUCUAUUCUAUCACGAAAUAGAUUCAAAUGCAUAUAGACAUCUCAGUUAUAUCUUUGCAAUGAUCAUCUCCGAUUUGCCAUUCACAAUGAUCUACUCUCUAAUAUUCAGUGCUCCAAUAUAUUGGAUUGUUGGUUUACAAAGCGAUUCAAGUAAAUUCAUAUUUUUUAUUUUCACUUAUUACAUUUAUCUACAAGUAUUGGUAUCAUUCUCCCAACUUUUAGGUAUGGUCAGUCCAUCUCUUAGUGUUGCCAAUGAAAUAACUGGAAUCUCAUUUUCAAUUUUCAGUUUAUUUGCUGGUUUUAUUAUUAAAAAAGACGACAUUCCAAGAUAUUUUAAUUGGUUAAAUUACAUUUCAAUUACUAAAUAUAUGGUAGAAUCUCUUACAAUUAAUGAAAUGGAGGGUGAUGAUGCCAAAUUCCAUUGUACUCAAAAUCAAUUAAUUCAGGUCCCAAUCCAAUAUACUCCUGUUAAUUCAUCAAUAGAAAAAAUAGUUUUCAAACCAUUUUGUCAAAUCUCAACUGGUUCCGAUGUCCUUCAUCAAUUCCAUUUAAAAGAUUCUUAUAAGAAUGACAAUAUUUUAGUUUUGGCUUUCAUGUAUGUUUUGUUUUUGGUUUUACUUUUAAUUCUAUCAAAAAUUUUAAAAUUUAAAAAAUAA